AUGCGGAAAACAGCUCUUCGGAAUUCUGAGACGCUGAAAGCGAUUCUAUUAGUGGCAUUGUCAUCAUACUCGACAGCAUUCUAUCUACCUGGUGUCGCACCGUCCUCCUACACCUUCGAUGCUAUCGUACCUCUCCACGUUAAUGCGCUCACUCCAGCAAUCGCGCAACGAGAUGAUCAGCUACAUGCCAUCGUGUCUUUUGAUUAUUAUCACCAUGCCUUUCGAUUUUGUCGUCCUGAAAAUGGCCCGGAGUGGGUGCGGGAGUCGUUGGGCAGCAUAAUAUUUGGUGACAGGAUUCAGACAUCUCCAUUCCAGUUGCAUAUGGCACGGAACGAGACAUGCAAGGCCUUGUGUGAAACCCAAAAGUUCGAUGCAAGAAGCGCAAAAUUUGUCAACCGCAAGAUCUGGCAGGGAUACGACAUUAAUUGGCUGGUCGACGGUUUGCCAGCUGCCCAAUUGCUCCAAGAUCCUCUUACCCAAGAGCUGUUCCGCAGUCCUGGAUUUCCCCUGGGACAAUUCGACAAAAAUGGUCAAACAUUAUUGAACAAUCAUUGGGAAAUUCUCAUCGACAUUCACAAGGCUGGUAUCACUGGCAAACAGUACCGUGUUGUGGGAAUACUUGUGCAACCAGAAUCAUACAGAGACUCGAAAGUUCUUGGUGACGGAAAAGCUGAGUGUGGCGAUUCCUCACAGCCACUGAUCCUCAAUGAAGAUGGCGAGACACCGGUGACAUGGACCUAUAGUGUAUACUGGAGGCUGUCUGAUACGGCAUGGGCGACAAGAUGGGAUGAAUAUCUCCACGUUUACGACCCCAAGAUACAUUGGUUCUCGCUCAUCAAUUCUUCCAUUUUCGUGGUCUUGCUGGUGGGUAUGGUCAGCAUGAUCCUCCUUAGAGCCCUUAGGAAAGACAUAGAAAGGUACAAUCGUCUGGACUCUUACAACCUUGAUGACCUGACUGGUACCUCGGCAGUGGUUGAGGAUGGAGUCCAAGAAGACUCUGGUUGGAAGCUGGUACAUGGAGAUGUCUUUCGAAGUGCUCGGUAUCCACUGCUUCUUAGCGUUCUCCUCGGCAAUGGAGCUCAACUUUUCAUCAUGACAGGUCUGACUCUUGUCUUUGCGCUGCUCGGAUUCCUCUCUCCGUCUAACCGCGGCUUCCUGGCCACUGUCAUUCUUCUCUUGUACACCAUUUUCGGAUUUGUGGGUGGAUACGUCUCGUCUCGUGCCUACAAAACUUUUGGCGGUGAGCGAUGGAAGCUCAACAUCAUUCUCACGCCAGUCCUGGUUCCGGUCAUCGUUUUCACCACAUUCUUCUUCCUCAACCUGUGGGUGUGGGGAAAGGGCUCGAGCGGAGCAGUACCGCUGACUACGAUGAUCGCGAUCGUUGCUAUCUGGUUCAUCAUCAGUGUUCCGCUGAGCGCCGCUGGAAGCUGGCUCGCUUUCAAGCAACUGGCGUUUUCCACGCCGACCAAGGUCAACCAGAUUCCUCGACAGAUACCUCCGUGUGCCCGCUCACUUCGGCCGCUCCCAUCGCUGCUCAUGACGGGAGUUCUCCCUUUCGGCGCAAUAUUCGUGGAGCUGUAUUUCAUCAUGAGUUCUCUGUGGACCGGCAAGAUUUAUUACAUGUUCGGUUUUCUCUUCAUCUGCUACGCACUAAUGAUUAUCACAACUGCCUGUACCACAAUUCUUCUCGUAUACUUCCUGCUUUGUGCUGAGGACUACAGAUGGCAUUGGCGAGCAUUUUUGGGAGCCGGGAUGACAGGUGUAUAUGUCUUCAUCAUGGCGCUGGGUUUCUGGAUGAUGAGAGUCAGCUUCGGGGGUUUAACGGGAGCCGUGCUCUAUGUAGGAUAUUCUGCUCUGGUUGGCUUCUUGGUGUUCGUUUUGACCGGUAAAGAUCCUGUCUUGUGA